UUCACAGGAUGUGGCUUAGGAUGUCUUGAACCAUCUGAUGUACUGCAUGCAGUUUGGUUGGUUGAGUGAUCUUCAAAGUGAAUCUGAGUUUCUAAUGUAUCGACAAAAUGAGUGGCUUAGGAGACAGCUCCCUGGAUCCACUGAUCGCAGAGUCAAGGAAACGUAAACCCUCUUGUGAUACACCCGGAGUAAAUGUCAUGUGCAGUGGUGAAAAGCGCAGACGAGAGCAAGAGAGUAAAUAUAUUGAGGAGCUGGCUGAGCUGAUAUCUGCUAAUCUGAGUGACAUAGAUGACUUCAAUGUGAAACCAGACAAAUGUGCCAUCCUUAGGGAAACUGUAAAGCAGAUUCGUCAGAUAAAAGAACAAGGUAAGACGACUUCAAGUGAUGAUGAUGUUCAGAAGGCUGAUGUCUCUUCUACAGGUCAUGGAGUUAUUGACAAGGAUUCAUUGGGGCCUCUUUUAUUGCAGGCUUUGGAUGGUUUUCUCUUUGUGGUGAAUCGAGAUGGCACUGUUGUGUUUGUGUCUGAGAAUGUUGUUCAGUUUCUCCAGUAUAAACAGGAAGAAUUGGUCAACACUAGCAUCUACAACAUUCUACAUGAAGAAGACCGCGAGGAGUUUCUUAAAAACCUACCAAAGUCUGCCAUUGGUGCAAAAGUUAAUGGGAUUGCAUGGACUCCUGAAGGACCUCGCCACAAGAGUCGCACAUUUACUUGCCGCAUGCUAGUGAAGGUGCUUCAUGAUCCACUGCAACUUGCAUCAGGGAACACUGAUACACGGCUAAAAUAUGAAACCAUGCAGUGCUUUGCAUUGUCACAGCCAAGAGCUAUUUUGGAAGAUGGGGAAGACUUGCAAUCCUGCAUGAUUUGUGUAGCAAGACGUGUCACAGCGGUUGAGAGGGCUUUUCAUCCUGCAACAGAGAGCUUCAUCACAAGUCAUGAUCUUACAGGAAAACUUAUCAAGAUUCAUACAAAUUCAUUGCGUUCUUCAAUGAGGCCUAAUUUUGAGGACCUUGUUAGGCGUUGCCUCCAGAGAUUUACUUGUUACAAUGAAGGACCACAGUGGACAUUCAAGCAUCACUAUCAUGAGGCACUGACACAGGGCAUUGCUGAAAGUCCUAUAUAUCAUUUUUCCUUGGCUGAUGGUACCCAAGUUACAGCCCAAACAAAGAGCAAAGUGUUUCGGAACCCUGAGACGAAAGAACCACAAGGAUUUAUGUCGACCCAUUUUUUGCAAAGGGAUCAGAAUGGAUUUCGCCCAUACCAGAAUCCUAUGGGAUGCAACAUGAGAGUACCUUUACAUGCAAAUUCCACUUCAGCUGCAGCCAUGAACAUGCUUCCAGGACAGAAAAUGGCACCAGUACAGAUCAGGAACUAUAUGGGUGAUCCUCUUCGAAUGUCUCCAAUAACUGCUAAUAAGUAUAUUGCAACAGGUUCAAUGGGUCCAACAAGUCAUGGAGGCAUGGCAGUGAUGCCAGCGGCAGCCUAUCAGAAUUCCUAUGGACUUCCCAUGAAUAGCCCGCCCCAUGGCAGUCCUGGUUUAAACUCCAGUCAGCAGAAUUUAAUGGUUUCUCCCAGGCAACGAGGGAGUCCAAAGAUGACACCGGCACAGUUCUCUCCUGUUUCAGGUUUGCACUCACCGGUGAGUUCCUCUGCUGGAGGCAGCAGUUUCUCUAGCAGUUCACUGAAUGCACUGCAGGCCAUCAGUGCUGGGGUGGGUACUUCUCUUCUUUCAUCCUUGUCUUCACCUGGUCACAAAAUGGAGAACUCCACAAACUUGAACCUGCCUCAGCAAUGCAAAGGCUGUAACCAGGAAUGUAAAAGUCCUGGAUUUUUUGCUGACCACAAUCAAGUGGAUAGUUCUGGAUGUCCUCCUGUAACUAGAGAGAUGGCUUUUGAUUACAAGGAAAGCAAAGAAAAUGUAGAAGGAACAGACCAUCCCAGAGGAGUCCCUGACAGCAAAGAACAUAAAAAAUUGCUUCAGCUUUUGACGUCACCCCCAGAUGAUAGAGGACAUACUUUGGCAAAUUCAUCCUUGGAUUCCACUUCUAAAGACUCUCCUACAAGUGUUUCAAGCCCUGUAGGGGUCUCCUCAACAUCUGCACCAGGAGGAGGGGUUUCAUCUACAUCAAACGUGCAUGGCUCUUCCACCUCCCUGCAAGAAAAACACAAAAUUCUGCACAAACUGUUACAGAAUGGAAACUCUCCUGCAGAGGUAGCCAAGAUUACUGCAGAAGCUACAGGCAAGAAUACUUUCCCUGAAGCAAGUAUGGUAUCGAGUGGGGAUCUCUCAGUCCGACAGGAACAAAUGGGCACUAAGAAGAAAGACAACAGUGGAUUGCUUCGUUACUUGCUGGACAAGGAUGAUUCAAAGGACUCCUCUUUGAAGGACAUUAAACCCAAAAUUGAAGGCAUGGAUGUUAAAAUGAGCCAGUGCAGUAGCUUGCCAACUUCAACAGCAAAUGUUGAAAAGGAAGAGCUGCAGAUAAAGGCAGAACCAUUAGAAGAGGUUUGAAAACCCUACAUACUGUUCAGGGCCAGCGACCUACUUUUGUUCGAGCUGCUUCAUUAGACAGUCAGACUGGUGUGGGGUCUGGCCCUCUUGUUCGGAACAGCACUGCGCAGUUCUAUAUAUUGCCAAAGGAAGAAGUGACUGGAAAUCCAAGAAUGACUGGCAUUGUCAGCCAGGAACAGUUUGUAGCUAAUAUGGGUGUCCAGAAGAGGAAUAAUCCUGUUCCUCAAAGGCAGGCUUCUGCACCAGCAGACUGGGGCUUGCCCCAUUCUAAUACCAAUGGUAUGGAAAAAACAGAUCCUAUGACAUUGGUUCGGCAGGGGUCGGACUACAGCCUACCUGUUUCCAGAACAUUGACCAGCAGCACUCUUCCUGGAAUGCCUGUCAGAUCUAACAGUGUACCAGGGCCUAUGGAAAUGACUAUGGGUGUCAGAGGAAAUCCUUAUGGACAGCAGGGACCUUCUGGCCAACCCCCACCAUGGCCUGACAGUGUGUUGGCAGUAGAUCAGGUGCCUCAAGGAAAUAUAACCAGGCAGCCUUACAGAAACCCACUAGAUGAGCUUCUGUGCCCACCUGCCACCAUGGAAGGACAGAGCGAUGAACAAGCACUUUUAGAUCAGUUACAUUCACUUCUCAGCAAUACUGAUCCCACUGGUUUGGAAGAGAUUGACAGAGUUCUUGGAAUACCUGAUCUUGUCAGUCAGGUAAUAACAAAUAUAAUGAAUAGUGAUUAGAAAGAAAAAUCAGCCUGUCUCUUCACAGUGCAUCUUAA